UGAAUUGAAUGCUGUUGAUAAACGUUGUUACACUUUGCUUACCAUCGUGCCAUGGUAUCAUGCGUAUGGAUUGAUGUCAACUAUAAAUAAUGUACUUUUAAAGAAUACUUCGGUUUAUUUGUCUGGUUUUAAUCCUUUGCAGUACUUGAAGUGUAUUCAAGAUUAUAAGGUCAAUGUUUUAUUAGUUGUUCCGCCUAUAGUCGUGUUUUUAGCGAAGGCUCCAAUUGUAGGAAAAUUUGAUUUAUCUUCAGUUAACCAAAUAUGGUGUGGUGCCGCUCCUCUUAAUUCGGAAACUAUUAAUGAAACUCUGAAAAGAUUGCCAAACUGUGAAGGAAUUUUCCAAGGAUACGGUAUGACGGAGACUUCUCUCGCGGCGACAAAAGAUAUAAACAAAGAUGAUGUUGUGCGCAAGCCUGGCAGUGGGGGUUAUGUUCUACCGGGCAUUCGUGCCAAGGUGGUAAAUAUAGAAACCCGUGAAAGAUUGGGACCGUAUUGCGAAGGUGAAAUUUGCUUCAAAGGACCGGUUAUAAUGAAAGGCUAUGCAAAUAACGAAAAAGCAACUGCUGAAAUAACUGACGAUGAAGGGUAUCUAAAUACUGGAGACAUCGGAUACUACGAUGAUGACGGCUGCUUCUUCGUUGUGGAUCGACUGAAAGAACUCAUCAAAUACAAAGGACACCAG